AUGCUAUCCGGGUGGAGUACUGCUGGGAGGUUGGCAUGUCCUUAUUGCAUGGAGAAUACAAAGUCUUUCACUUUGAAACAUGGUCAUAAGCAAACAUGGUUUGAUUGCCAUCGUCAAUUUCUACCUGAAGAUCAUGUUUUUCGAAAGAACAAAAGUGGUUUCACCAAAAAUAAGGCAGAAUACUCCCCACCCCCACCAAGGUUGAGUGGUGAUGAACUGUGGGAGCGUGUGUCACACUUGCCAAAAACAAUUGAUCAUUGUGAGUUAGCUCGAGAUAAAACACAUAAUUGGAUGAAGCAAAGCAUUUUUUGGGAACUUCCUUAUUGGCGAAAGCUUUUGGUUCGACAUAACUUAGAUGUGAUGCAUGUCGAGAAAAACUUUUUUGAUCAAUUAAUCCAUACAGUUAUGAAUGUUAAGGGGAAAACUAAGGAUAAUAAAGAAGCUAGGAAAGAUUUGGCUCUACAUUGCAAACGACGACGACUACAUCUGCACGAUGAUAGUGGUGCUAGUAGUAGUAAAACGGGAGAUAAGAUGCCUGAUGCUUCUUUUACACUUAGCAAGGAGAAAAGGAAAGCUUUAUGUGAGUGGAUCAAGAAAUUGAAAUUCCCUGAUGGAUAUGCAUCCAACCUAAGCAGAUGUGUAGAUUUAAAUGAGGGAAAAUUAUUUGGCAUGAAAAGCCAUGAUUGCCACGUGUUCAUGGAGAGGUUGCUUCCAGUUGCAUUGAAAGAAUUGCUUCCCGUCAUUGUGUGGAAGACAAUUACUGAAAUAAGCCAGUUCUUUAGGGAUAUAAGCUCAUCACUGUUGAAAGUGGAGGAUGUGGAUAUGUUGGAGAAAAAUAUUCCAGAGAUCAUUUGCAAACUAGAGAGAAUUUUCCCACCCUCGUUCUUCAAUGUUAUGGAACAUUUGCCUGUUCACUUGCCGUAUGAGACAAAAGUCGGAGGACCCGUCCAGUAUAGGUGGAUGUAUCCAUUUGAAAGGUUCCUCCAUCAUUUUAAAAGAAAAAUUGGUAACAAAGCUCGAGUGGAAGGUUCUAUUUGCAAUGCAUAUCUUACGGAGGAGAUAUCUAACUUUUGCACCCAUUAUUUUGAGCCAAACAUUGACACAAAGGCUAACGACAUGUGUCGAAAUGUAUAUGAAGGUGAUGAAGGGCAAGUGGAUGUAAAUGUUCCUGAGUUGUUCUCUUGCAAUACAGGACACACCUCUAAAAAGGGAACUAAAAGCUUUUUGGUUGAUGUUGACUAUCGUGCGGCCCAUGGCUACAUCCUUUCAAAUUGUGAGCUAUUACAAGAUUAUGAAAGGUUGUUUGAAGAGGAAAUGGUUAAACAAAAUCCACGUGUUAGUGUUAAUGAUGUGUGGAGGAAGUUUGAGCAUAAAUUCCAAGAAUGGUUCAAGCAAUAUGUUUUGAGUUCCGAUAAUGAGAAAGGAAUAAUUAGGACUCUUGCUAUUGGUCCAUCAAGAGCUGUUCAGAAAUAUAAGCAUUAUUAUGUCAACGGCUAUAAUUUUCAUACUUAUGAAUAUGGGAAGGAUAAGUCUACUAUGAAUUAUGGAGUUUGUGUGAAGAGUUUGGAGGAGGUGAGCUAUUAUGGAAUACUUGAGGAGGUGAUUGAGUUGAUGUAUGUGGGGCCAACACAAUGUUAUAAAGCCAUGUUGUUUAAGUGUUCCUGGUUUGACUCGGGAAAUGGUACAAAUGUGCAUCCGCAAUAUAAGCUUGUCGAGGUUAACCAUACAAAGAAGUAUCCUAGAUAUGACCCUUUUGUGUUAGCCUAUCAAGCAGAACAAGUAUAUUUUGCACCAUACCCGAGCUUAAAAAGGGAUCGAGAUCAAUGGUGGGCCGUGUUUCAAAUGAAGGCUAGAUCAAUAGUUGAUGCUCCUUUGGACCCAUUAGCAUUUCAGGAGGAGCGAAAUGAGAACCCACCGCAAUUAUCUGAGCUAAAUGAGGAUGAUUUUGUCCAUGCUCACACGAAUGAAGAUGAAAUGGAAGGUGUGAGUGAAGAGGAUGAAGACUUGGAUGAUAAUAUUGAAGAGGAAGAGGAUGAAGACUUGAAUGAUAAUAUUGAAGAGGAAGAGGAGUUCAGUUCCGAAAUGUCCAUAGAUGAUGAAGAAGAUGGAUAUGAAAGUGAUUUAAGCACUACAAGUGGUGAUGUGGAUUCAUAG